AUGUUGAGUAAUAGCAUUAUUCUUAUGCUUCAGCUCACUGGGUAUGUUGUUAAGGUAUACAUACAAAUGGCAGUGUACAUAGUACAGAUGGCCCUUAAUCCAGUAUGGGUAUUUGCAUCUGUUUUCUGCGGUUUUAAGGUUGGGAUAAUUUAUGGGAUGAGGUGUAUGCUAGUUCCUAGGAAUGAGGAGGAGGAGGAGCAAAGGGAGACUAAGAAGGCAAGUCCCUCACACAAAGGCACAGAGGCGCUCAUGGAUAAUCUUUGCUACAAGAAGUAUGUCCCCCAGAGAAUCAACAAAAAGUUUCUUUUAGGGAAAGAGGACCUUGCACUGGUUAUAACUGAUAUUGUCGACAGCACAAGUCUCUGGAACUGCUCUCCAGAUGCAAUGCAUAGGACCAUUAAAGUGCAUGAUGAGGUUGCUAGAGGCCUGUGCAAUACAUUUGGGGGCCUGGAGGUAAUGAACGAAGGAGAUUCGUUCUUUCUGAUAUUCACAGAUAUUCGAAAUGCGCUUGAUUUCUCUAUAGGGUUUUAUAGGGAGAUCGAGCGCAUUUCUUUUAAAUUUAAGCACACACGCCCGAAGAAGACUGGUAAGGACAAGGAGGUAGGGCUUCUACCCUUAAAUAUCCGAAUGGCGGUAAACAAGGGGCCCAUCAUACUACACUGCAAUGAGUUCCUUGAGAUCUAUGGAGAUGCGGUGACCAAGACCCUUGAAAUGCUAAACCACUCAAGUGGGAAGAUCUGUAUUUCACAAAGCUGCUUGGAGCCUGAGAGCCCUUGGAAUAGAAGAAAAUGCCUUUUUUGUAUUCAUAAAUAG